AUGAGCAGCAUGGUGCAACAUCUCGUUUGGUCUGUUGCGCUCGUCCUGGUGGCUGGCUCUGCGUGUGUGGCGCCCGAGGUAAAGCCAGCCCCGGAUGCAGUACAGACAGCUGCCACAGGGGCCACCCCUACUACCCUCCCUUGCACCUUUUCCUUCGCGAACGAUAAACUGCGAUACAAUCUAUGUCCUCUACUCCACAGACACAAAGGGCACGAAGAAACCGACGGCAAAGCAAUAGAAGUCGACCCACGGCCCAUAAAAAUCCGUGUCGUCGAAGAGACCCCGCCGACGCGCACGACGAGUGUGUAUUCCAUCGGGCUGAGGGGGCCGUUGGACUGGAAUGGGACCCUUCCAGCGGAAUUGCAGUGUCCCAAGGGCACCUGGAUUUGUCUCAUAGGCAAGGUGGAAAACAUCCGGCCAUCUCAUCCAUCGGAGCCGAAGCGUCGAUUGCAAGUGAUCCCCGUCGCUGGCGCACCCAACCUUGCACCGCGUGCGCAACUGGGCAAACGCAGAAUUUACGAGACGAACGACACCGAAAUGCAGUACCUCAUCCAUGGGGGGGCGUAUACAGAUAGACCACAGAUGGCGUACUUUCAGUUCAUCUGCGAUGCGCAUUCUCAAGAGCCGAGCGAGCCUACGUACCUGUGGCGCUGGAACGGUACACACACAUUCGAAUGGAAGUCGCGCCAUGCAUGUCGGGCGGCAUCGCACAUUACAACUACAGCUCCAGGGGCUACAGAGGUACCGUCGCCUGGAGGCAGCGACGACUCUGAAGACCCCAUCGCUGAGCCACCGGAAGUCCCAGAAGAGGUGCCAGAGCACGUACGACCACAUCCCGUCUUGGUCCUGGGGACAGUUGUGGGGACGAUCUUGUAUGUGCUGUUCCUUCUUCACGAUGCACAUAUGCAUGUCUCGCGCUUACUGGAUGAACGUUAA